CCCUUCUCUCUCCGCCGCAAAAUCUCAACAAACAAACAACAAAUAACAAUUUAAAAGGAAAAAAAGAAAAAAGGAGAAGAAGAAAUUUGAACAUUAAAGAUCCCAUUUUCCUCCCCACCUUGCAUGACGAAGCCCUCAUCCGCCGCCGCCGUUGACACUUCCGAUUCACGUUACAAGGGAGUACGCCGCCGUAAGUGGGGCAAGUGGGUUUCCGAAAUCCGUCUCCCCAACAGCCGUGAACGGAUCUGGUUAGGCUCUUAUGAUUCCGCGGAGAAAGCGGCGCGUGCAUUCGAUGCGGCACUGUUUUGCUUACGUGGCGAUUCCGCUCGUUUCAAUUUCCCCGAUAAUCCACCCGAUAUCCCGGGGGCUAGUUUACUCUCUCGAUCCGAGAUUCAAUCCGCCGCCGCUCAAUUCGCUAACUCCGACCCAACUAUUCCCUCCUCGGAAUUCCACCGACCCACCACCACCGAUUCUCCCUCUCCCUCGGUGGUUUCCGAAAUGACAACCUCUGUUAUUGAGUGUGAUGAAAGAUCGCCGUUUUUUGAUCUUCACACCGCCAUGGGAUCGGAAAACUACGUAACGGAUUUCGGGUUGUUUCCGGAAUAUAGUUAUAAUCCGUUUUAUAAUGAAAUGUUCAUAAACUCUUCUUCUUCUUCUUCAACAAUUCCUUGUUAUGAUUAUUAUGGAGAUGAGAAUUUUGAAGCCACUCAUCAAGAUGAUUCAUCGUAUCUGUGGAAUUUCUAAACCAAAAAACACAAAGUUCUGAAGGAUUUUUUUUUUCCUUUUCUGUUUCAGAACUUUGGGAUUUGAUUUCUUUUUUUUUAAAAAAAAAAAUAUUUUUGUACCCCUUUUCAAGUUUUUCUUUUCGUUUCAAUCCUUUUGAAAAUUGAUGGACCCAAUAUUUUUUUUAUCUCGGCCAUCGAUUUUUCUACUCAUGUAAUUCUUUGGAAAAAAGAUGUGUAGAAUUGUUCUAGUGGACGUAGUGGCAAGUAUUGUUUGCAAAAAGAAGAAAAAAAAAAUUAUCCCUUUAUGA